AUGUUUGCAACUUUUUUCUCAGGAUGUGACCAAGUGAAUCUGUUGCUACGAGAUUUAGUCAACACCGCAGUACUUUCCCACGUCAAAGGAGGAGCCAUGAUCGACCUGAGCCACCUGACAGAGGAGGAGCAGGAGGCGAUCAUGACGGUGCUGAGGAGGGAUGCCGAGCUUAAGAAGGCAGAGGAAGAGAGAGUCAGGAAACUGGAGAAAAUCCUGAACACCGGCUCACAGUUAGACUCAAAGAAGAAGUACCUGACAGGAGAAUGGUUUUACGAGGCCAAGUCUCGCAGACACAUGGACAAGAUCCACGGCUCGGAAAUCAUCCUGGCCUCCAUGAAACCCAGGAAGGCUGGUUUAGACUCUCCAAGACUGGAAAGACCCAAAACACCCAACAGUCGAGGUUCAGACAUCGUCGCUCCACCAAAACCUGCCAGGUGUUUAGUAGCUCUGCAGCCACAGGAGAACAAAGAUGCACAAAAAGAGACUGUGAACUCAGUAGUUCGCUCUCCAAGAAUGCCCAGGCAUAACCCUUUCAACCGAGCAUCCCUCAUUGUUGUCGACCCACCUGAAAAUAGCAUCGAUACAGCAAGCAGUCCACACCAGGAGACAUCUGAGACAGAGCCCAUACCUCCACAAAAGACUGCCCCUGCUGCAGAGUCCACACAGAGCUCAGGGGGCUCCAUCACAUCCGAGGGCUCGUCAGCCGGGUUCAAGCCUGUACCAAAGAAGAGGACAUUCCUUCCAAGACAGACAAAGACAGAAAAUGCUGGGACAGGGUCAGAGGCUCAGGUCACGUCAGCAGGAGUUAUUCCUGCCCCAAGACAGAGCCUCCAACGAGGGUCCAGUGGUAGCUCCAACCAGUCAAAUCAAAGGGGCACGGAUGAAAUGCCUAGGAAAAGUGAGGUUUCUGAACAGGUAUCUCAGUUUUCAUCCAUAUCUCAAGAUGAAAACUCCCAGCCACCGACUGAUAACAUAUCAAAGGUUAUGUCUAGCUCCAGCCUGGAAAGAGAAAGAAGUCCAUCAUCCGUAAAAAGAGAAGGGUCUAUAAAUGACUCCCCUGACCUUACAAAUGAAAAGAAAUUACUGUUUGAUUGCAGUCCAGCUGCAUCAGCAAUGAGUGAUGGCUCCACUGACAGAAAGGUCCCACAGAAAAGUGGUGAGCAAAAUGGUCAGACACAAGUUCAACAUCCAGCAAUGAAUAAGCUCCUCCAGCGCAUCGGCAGCAUUCAGGAUACAGACCAAGACACCUGCAGCAGUGUGGGAACAUCGACAAGACAGGGAGAGCUGAGCUUGCCUCAAAGCACUGCAGACCCAGAACCUCCAAUAUCAUAUGAUCUCAACUUCAUUGACAAGUCAGACGUGCAGCUGCAGCCAAAAUCAAGUCAGAAUGGCACAUUUAAAUUAUCCACCCAGGCCACCAGUCCCACUGGUGAUGAAGAGGACUCCAUUGCAAAGGUGCUAGACUGGUUCAACCGCAGCACAGAUAGCAAUGAUUGGCUGAACACAGACGAUGGUCCAGAGGUGAAAAAAAGCUCUGACAAGCACAGUGAAGUCGGAAAACUCAGAGGGGAAGAUGUCAGGGAAGUUGUAAGUGAUCAAAAGAAGGACAAUUAUAAAAUGAAGAGUGAUCUCAAUCAGGGAAAAACCCAUGGUGGUGAAGGGUUAAGAGCCACAGACAAAGUAGGCAAAGAGAAAGUGACCAAAAAAGCAAAAAAAGAGGCAAAGGAGGAAACAAGAGAUAGGGUAUGGUCACAGAGGGAUGAAGAUAUGAACAAUGAAAGUGAAUUGCCCCAAAUCUCUCUUCUUAAGACAUUCUGGGAGAAAAACAACUCUGGCCCAAAAAUACUCAUCGGCAAAUCAAAUAAGCCAGACGAUAAAGAUCAAAAACCUGCAGAGAUAGAUAGAGAAGAACUGAACACAACUCACAGAGUGUCUGAUAUUCCCUGUAUGCCUGGGAUGAACAAGCGUGCACCCAAUCAUGAGGAUGACAGAGAACAACAGCUGGUCAUCAGUCUGCAGAAGGACGCUAGAGAUAAAGAUUACUUGAUCAAUAAUCAGAAAGGUGAUAUUCUGGAGAUGUUUACUGCCAAGACAAUGAGCAAUCAUGACUCGACACACAACUCCAAUUAUUCCAAGUUUGCAGCCAAUCCUCAAGUAGCUGACAGGAGAGGCUCUGACACAGAGAUUUUAAGUGUAACCAGAUUGAGUCCAAAGCCAAGAAAAUCCACUGAUUUCAGACUGAGUCCAGAGAGUGAGACCAACUCCUUGGGAACCCAAAAGCAAGCUGAACUGUCCAGGACUGUCCCGGUCUCUUUGAUAAAUACAAAUACAGAUUUACACUCAGUGGAAAGUCCAGACUCAGAGAAGCUCUGUUCAUUGAGGAACAGCUCAUAUGCUGACUACAAACAAGGUGGGAAUGACUUACAAACACAAAUGCAAAGAGGUUUGAGCGAAGGUACAAAGAGCAGGGACAGUGAGGAUGGCAGCAUGCAAACAAGUGCAUCUCCAAAAGGAAAGCAGAAUAAAGUAAACAGCCCUCACUUAAACAGACAAGGUGUACCACCUCAGGAAAUCCCUGCAGAUAGGAUAAAGCAGCUCAAAUCUUUCUGGGAGCAGGAGAGGAACAAGGCAACGUUUCACGUCGGCAAACCUAAACCCAGAGGUGAAGGCAGAGUUGCUCGAGGUGCAAAUCAGGCAAGACUGAAUAAAAGAUUUACAAAAUCAGAGGUUGACUUGAGGUCAAUUGUAAACGAAUUCAGCAGUGAUGAGGAAGACUCAAAUAGAAAUAAUCCAAAUUUUACUGUUCUGCCAUUGAAUCAGAGGAUGGAGAAGUCAUCUCCUAGUUUGGGUGUGAACAGAGUGCAGUUUAAAACUCUGCGUGAGUUCUGGGAUGAGGCCACAGCAGACAGUAAGGGGUCAUUUCCUUCUGACAAACCUAAAAGCCCGAAAAGGAAAGAGCCAAUAAAUGCCCAGCUGACAUCUCAGGAGUUCAAGUUUGAUCCUGAGCUGAAUCGUGUUUCAGCUGCUUUAGAGAAAACAAGACCUAGUGUCAGUAAAGAAUCUUCUCCCUCUAAAAAUCGAUCAAUGUCUCACGAUAGACAGGUGGGGUCAAGAGCAGUCAAUGACAGCAAAAACAGCUCUAAGAGCUCAAAGGACUCCAGCAGAGAGGAGAAAUACUCAAAACCACAAACCAGUUCAGGAAAAGAAAGUUGCUCUCCUAAGAGCAGAAAGGACAGUCGUUCCAAUUCAAUGCGCCGAGCCACAAGCAUGUUUGCUCUGAGUGUUCCUGACCAAAAAAAUCAAAUCCAGCUUAAAAUAGAUGUCAGCCCUGUUCACUCUCAGAGCAGAAAGCCGAGGAAGAACAUGGAGGACAUGCUGAGAAGAACAUCCGAGGACUCCGACACCAUGACUCCCAGGGCACGAGCGUAUGUUCCCAGAGACUACAGUCAUUACCUCGGCAUGACGGAUAAAACCAGCGUCCACACCUCCCCCGUCCAGACUUGUAAGGACGAGGAGUCAGAUAGAAAGUUUGGACAUGAGUUUGACCUUGGUGGGCCAGUGAGGGCCAGCACUCCGGUCAGCUCAGAGGAGCGGUACAGCAAGAGGGGGAGCAAGUCGAAUCAUCGCCCCCUGUGGGCAACCUAUAGCUCAGACACAGGCCAGGACUCCUCUGUGAGCAGCAUGUCCGAAACCUGGUCCAUCUCCAGGAGCAGCUCAAACCGCGAUAAUGACGAUGAAAGUCAAAACCCUGUAAGGAAAGCGUUGAGACGAGCAGAAAUACGGCCCAAAAACCUGGCUAAAAGUUUGGAGGACAUCACAGGAUCGUUGCCACCAAGACAAGAAAGAAGGCAAGAUCCCACUGAGAGACACAUCAGUGAUGUUUCCUCCAUCCCACCCCCUUCCUCCUCCAUAUACUCAGACCCAGAACACCUGAAGAAGAUGAGCAAAUCAGUUCCCUCGUUCUUACAGAAGGAGGACGUUGGCACUGACACUGACUCCAACUAUGAGGAUAAUAACCACAGAGGAAGCCUAAUGUCCGGCAGCUCCCUCACUAACCUCACCAGCUCCUCUGGCAGGGCAUCUUUGGUAUCUUCUCUGAGUGGAAGCGUGAUGACCAUUCACAGUGCAGACUUUGGCAGUGUGGAGGUUCAAGGAAGCAUCCAGUUCUCCAUCAACUACGUUCAAAAGAUCAGAGAGUUUCACAUCUUUGUGGCUGAGUGCAGAGACUUGGCAGCAGUCGACCCAAAGAGGGGUCGAUCAGACCCGUAUGUGAAAAGCUACCUAGCUCCUGACAAAGCUAACCUGGGAAAGAGGAAAACCACUGUAAAAAAGAAGACACUAAAUCCAACUUUCAACGAGAUUCUCAGAUAUCGAGUUCGUAUGGAGUAUCUCAGAACCCAGACGCUCAUUCUUUCAGUGUGGCAUAACGACACCUUUGGCAGGAACAGUUUCCUGGGUGAGGUAGACGUGGACCUCUCCAAGUGGGACUUUGACCACACCCAGAUGAACUACUUAGCUCUGAAAGCAAGGACUACACCCACUCUAGCACCGUCAAAUGGCCGGGGAGAGAUGAGACUGGCAAUACGUUUCCUGCCUCAGAUCAUUCACAGUGCAGGAUUGGUAAAGGAGAGUCAAAACACUGGGGAGAUACACAUCUGGGUGAAAGAUUGCAAGAACCUGCCUCUUAUUAGAGCCACCAUUGACCCAUAUGUUAAGUGCUACGUGCUGCCAGACACGAGCAGGAAGAGUCGUCAGAAGACACGUGUGCUGCGUAGGACAGUAGAUCCAGUGUUUAACCACACAAUGGUUUACGAUGGAAUCAGAGAGGCUGAUCUUGCAGAAGCCUGUGUGGAGCUGACUGUCUGGGACAGAGACAGGCUGGCCAGUAACCUGCUAGGAGGCCUGAGACUUGGUCCUGGGACAGGCAGAAGUUAUGGAGCACUGGUGGACUGGAUGGACUCGACCCCCUAUGAGGUGGCCCUUUGGGAUCGCAUGAAGGCCAGCCCAAAUGAAUGGGUGGAGGACGUACUCCCUUUAAGGAUGCUGAACUCUUCCAAAGCUGCUUUCAAAUAACAAAAAGUAUAACAACUGAUAUCAGGCAAAGACAGCGUAUUUGUAAACACAGUAAAUGAUUUGUUCUAAAGAUCCAGUGCACUGAUGAAAACUCUGCUAUGAAAAUCUCACUAGACUCAUGAUAAAUAAUAGACGUGUGAAUAUUUUGAAUCAAGCUUACUUAAUUUGACCAACAUCAACAACGAGAAAUGUGAUAGCAAACCUUGAUAAUAAUACAAAAACAAUAUUUAUGUUGUGAUGUUCAAGCUUCUAAAAUGAUUAUAUUGGAAUGUCCUCCACAGUUAGAGUGGAUUUAUGUUACAAUGAACUAAAACAGAAAACUUCUGUCAUCUUGGAUAGUUUUCUAAUUUUUAUUAAUAUUUUUUCACACAACGCCUUGAAGCUUAUACCUGCAAAUUUGCAGAUCUCUAUAAUUAACUGAAUUUUGAACUUUUAAGUACUGGGGUCACUUUACUUUGUAUUUUCUUUGCACUGGACCUUUUAAACCAAGGCUUUUUAGAGUACUUUAAAAGGUACCUAAUCUCAAACUGUUUAUCAGAGACACUAUGUUUGCUAUUCACUCUGAAACAUUGCUAAGACUAACACUUAGCUUGACAGUAUUGUUAAUAAGUCGAAUUUCACAGCAUAAUUUACACGAUGAACUGCACUUAACUGUUAAAGCA